UAUUUGUGUAGCACAGUCCCUCAAAAUGUGCUGCAGUCUUCUUGAGUUGCAUUUCCCCCCCUUAUGCUCCCUCUACCAACUCCUCUGUCUCCUGUUUCCUCACUCCUUUUUCCCCUUUUCCAUCCUCACUUUUGGAGAGUAAUUAUUAGCAAACAUCAUCUGCCUCUGCUCUCUAUUUGCAAUGUCUUCCCUCUCCUUUGCCUAACACUCACUUGCCCUCAACAUGGAUAUUGGAGGACUGACCACUGUGGUAGCAAAUUCUGCGUACAUCAACGCACGUGGAAGCAUCGAUGGCUCCAACCCUGCAGCAGCGCGGGAUAAGAAGUACCACGCUCGCCUCAAACUGCCCCACAUCACCGUCUGCGAGGGCCUGAGGGACACCCUCGAUUUGGCCUUUGACUCGGUCUGCGUGGAACAGCCGAUCGGCAAACGSCUCUUUAGGGAGUUCUUGGAAGCGAAUAAAGAGUAUCACGGCGCUUGUCGUUUGUGGAAAGACAUCGAGGACUAUGACCUGGCAGAGGACUCCGACAGAGGAAAGAAAGCGUCCAAGAUUGUCCAGAGAUACAUGGACCCAUCUGCCAAACACUUCUGCCCGUACCUUCCUGAGGACAUCAUAGGCAAGGUAAAGGAAAACCUGGAGGCUGUAGAGGACGAUUUGUUCUCUGCAUCGCUGGCCAAAACGCUGGAGUACCUCCGAGAGGCCCCUUACACGUUCUAUCUGGAGAGCAUGUACCUGAAGAGGUUCCUGCAGUGGAAGUGGCUGGAGAUGCAGCCCAUGGAUGCGGACUGGUUCCUGGACUUCCGUGUGCUGGGGAAAGGUGGCUUCGGCGAGGUUUCUGCCUGUCAGAUGAAGGCCACCGGGAAACUUUACGCAUGUAAGAAACUCAACAAGAAGCGGCUGAAGAAGAGGAAAGGCUAUGAGGGGGCAAUGGUGGAGAAGAGGAUUCUGGAGAAGGUCCACAGUCGCUUUAUUGUCUCGUUGGCUUACGCCUUCCAGACAAAGGACGAGCUUUGUCUGGUCAUGACCAUCAUGAAUGGAGGAGACCUCAAGUACCACAUCUACCUGGUGGAUGAGAACAACCCUGGGUUUGACGAGACCAGAGCCUGUUUUUACAUCGCUCAGAUCAUCCAGGGUCUGGAGCACCUCCACCAGAAACGAAUCAUCUACCGUGACCUCAAACCAGAAAAUGUGCUGCUUGACAAUGAUGGUAAAUGCUCUUAAUGAAACCUCAGUGCCUGUUGAUCACACCCGUCCUCUCCACGGUCUGGCCAUCCGG